GAAUUAUAGCUCUAGGUCGGAUCCCUACGGGCAUCAAAGCGGGUUCAUGUACUGACUGCUUCUAGGAGAAGGAGAAAGUUCUAUGGCUUAGAUUAGCUUCUUGGUCAUUGGUUUCAUUCAACUAACUGCAGAAAAGAUUUUGUGCUUCGAGUUAGUUUGUCCAACGGAGGGCAAUUCCUCUCGGGUGUAAUCUCUCGUCUCCGAAUGAGCUGUGAUCUUUGUAAGGGAGAGAGAAAAAGAGACAGAUAGAGAGACUGUGAAGUCCCGCCUUCAUCACUGGAAGGAAUGCGAGUGUUGAAGUUGAAGCAGUUUUGGUUGGAGUUUGAGGUGAAGGUUGAGAGCAGAAAAGGAGACUUUUGGAUUCUUGGGAGUGGUGAGGAGAUAGAACCCUAGCAGAAAGGUGGGAUCUUAGUGGGUGUUAUGAGAUUUCAUGAUCUGGCUGUUGCUCUGUUUAGUGGGUAGAAUUAUGUGGGUUUCAUAGUCCUUUUCAUGGUUGGUCGGUGGCUUUGAGGAUGGAUUGCUUCCGUUGCUUUGGAUCCAAGAAGGAAGAUGUAAAACAUGAGGGUGGGAAGAGUAGUAGGAAGGAUGGGCAGCUCUCAAGUGGUUCCCAUCUCAACAGGGUGGCGUCAGAUAAAUCCAAAGUUAGGAGUGGGGCCGAUUCAAAGAAAGAAAAUUCUGCACCAAAGGAUGGAUCUGCACCCCAUAUUGCUGCUCAGACGUUCAUUUUUCGGGAGCUUGCAGCAGCAACCAAGAAUUUUAGGCAAGAAUGCCUUCUGGGAGAAGGUGGUUUUGGCCGUGUUUACAAGGGUCGGUUGGAAAGCACAGGACAGGUGGUUGCUGUGAAGCAACUUGACAGAAAUGGCCUACAGGGAAACAGGGAAUUCUUGGUGGAGGUUCUGAUGCUUAGUCUUUUGCACCAUCCUAACCUCGUCAAUUUGAUUGGUUAUUGUGCCGAUGGAGAUCAACGCCUCCUCGUAUAUGAGCUUAUGCCAUUGGGAUCACUGGAGGAUCACUUACAUGAUCUUCCGCCAGAUAAGGAACCACUUGAUUGGAACACUAGAAUGAAGAUUGCAGCAGGUGCAGCUAAGGGUUUAGAAUACUUGCAUGACAAAGCAAACCCACCUGUUAUCUACAGGGAUUUGAAGUCAUCCAAUAUAUUACUUGGUGAAGGAUUUCAUCCAAAGUUGUCAGAUUUUGGGCUUGCAAAAUUGGGACCCGUUGGUGAUAAGACUCACGUCUCCACCAGAGUGAUGGGGACAUAUGGUUACUGUGCUCCUGAAUAUGCUAUGACAGGACAACUAACACUGAAAUCUGAUGUCUAUAGCUUUGGUGUGGUUUUUCUUGAACUCAUUACAGGACGAAAAGCCAUCGACAACACCCGUGCUGCUGGAGAGCACAAUCUUGUUGCAUGGGCAAGGCCAUUGUUCAAGGACCGCAGAAAGUUUCCUAAAAUGGCAGACCCACUGUUGCAAGGUCGUUAUCCCAUGAGAGGCCUUUAUCAAGCUCUUGCUGUUGCUGCUAUGUGUCUGCAAGAGCAAGCUGCUACCCGACCUCUCAUUGGGGAUGUUGUGACUGCACUCUCAUAUUUGGCUUCCCAAAACUUUGACCCAAAUGUUGUUGCUGCACGAAACAGUAGAGGUGGCCCAUCAACACCAAGAGCGAGGGAUGAGAGGACAAAUAUGAUGAGCGAAAUGGAUUCCCCUGCUAGCAGACAUUCUUUUCAAUUAUCGUACCAGAAUUCUCCUGAUUUUCAACGUAGAGACUUCAGCCAUGGAGUUGGAUUCAAUCAAGUAGGCAGAGCUGAAUCUGGAGGUGGGUCUGGAAGGAGAUGGGACUUAGAUGGCUUAGAUAAGCCAGAUUCUGUAAGGGGCAGUCUGGUUCUGUACGGAAGAACCAGAAAUUCUAAUCGAGACCUUGAUCGGGAAAGGGCAGUUGCAGAGGCAAAAGUGUGGGGGGAGAAUUGGAGAGACAAGAGCAGGGCAACCACCCUAGGAAGCUUUGACAGCACAAACGAUUGAAUGGCAGUGAAGCAAGUGGCUUUCUCCAUGAAAAUGACUGAAUGGGGACAAAGACUGGCCUUUUCCCCAUGACAUAAGAAAAACACAUCAAAAGUGAUCACCAUCUGUAGAAAUAUCUGCUGCAGUUGAAAAUGUAUGCCUCCCCUAAGAAAAGCAUGAGGAGGUUCUCCGAAGCUUCAACUCCGUCCAUUCCGACUGCCAGUGGACGAUUAACAAAGCAGUCUCUUGAUGAUGAAAAGUUCUACUUAAUCCACUAGUAUGCACUUCUUGUUUAUGUGCGUUAGCUCAGAUCACAUGGACUGUUUUUUAAAUUAGAUUUUGCAGCUGUUCUUUUGGUUGACAAUGGGUGGAAGGAAGGGUAUCAGUUCCCUCUUUUUCUCGGGGGGUUGAAGAAGAAAAAUGAUAAGAAUGAGCAGUUACAAUUGUAGAAUUGCAAUAGUUAUAAAGGUGGAAAAUAGCUAUAGUUUCAGUUACAGCUGCUGUACUUGGAAGCUUUCAUGGUGGCCAAAAUUGAGCAAAGAUAACAUUUUGGAGGUAUCUCUAGCUGUCCAUGCUUUCCCUUUUCAUUAUUGGUGCUGUUCAUUUGCACAUGGUUUGGUGCUUUCCUUUGGGGGAGGAAGAAUGAAUUUGAUUCCUGCUGAGUUUCAGGUGCAUCUUGAUAAUCUGGUUCGAAAAUCUUUAUGUCCUUGCUAGCAGGAUA